CGAACAUAAGGAUAUUUAUUUAAAUUUUAAACCGUUCCCCACCCGAUAUUUAUUACAUAAGGAUUACAAACAACAAUAAACAAAAACAUAAAUCAUGAGAGUAACACAGCAUUGGGCCCUCUUGGCCGCCGUACUAUUGGCCUUUACCAUAUGCAGUAGUCGUGCCGACGAAGAACCCUCUUGGGGUUCCAGUAGUUGGUCGUCGUCUGUCAAGGAAUCAAUGUUGGCUCGUAGAUCUGCCGAAGCUGAGGCGAAGCAGGAGGAUAUUCAAGGUCGUAAUUAUGCCGUCCAUGAACAAAUCUACAGCAACGAAACCGAAGUCAAUGAAUUGAUUGAACAGCUGAUCACCUCUCGUCGUGAGGGUAGAAUUUUGAAUGAUUACGAUCAAGUCUAUGCUGAUGGCAAUGUGGAUCAGGCUUUGAUGCAGGGUGAUGAUAUGCAAGCUCGUAACAUUGUCCGUGACAAGUUGUGUUCAUUGGGUUUAAUGAGCUGUGAGGCAGAAGGCAAGCGCCCAUACUAUUCCAACAUUUAUGCCCAGGGACCUCCACCACCAGGCCAUAAGUUCGGCGGUGGACCAUAUGGCCCAGCUAAACCCAUGCCACCACCUGGUUUCUACAAUGGACGUCCACCCAUGGGUCCCCCACCAUCCUCUGUCAAUUCCUUUGGUCCACCACGCAAAGUUGGCUAUGAAUCAUCGUAUAAACCUGGUUAUAGACCCUCCGGCCCAGGUGGCAACUACAAUGGCCCCUACUUGGAAUCUCCACCACCCUCUGCCAUUGACGGUUCUGGCUUGACCACAUUUAACAAACCCCCACCCGGUGCAAUUAUUUAUGGCAGCAAACCUCCAGGUCCAGUUUACAAUGGCAAUGGUGCCGGUCCCAGUGGCAAUGUACCUCCAUAUGCCUUUGAGAAUCCCGAUAAGAUCCAUGCUGCCGGUUCCCAACAAACCAAUUUCUAUAGUCAUCAAUCAUCGGCCUCCGCAACCCAAUCAUCGAGCACAAAGGUUGUUGUUGGUGGUACCGUAGCCAAUGCCGUAUCCACUGCCGCCAGUGCUGGUCUACAACAACAUGUCCAUCAUCAUUUCCAUCAUGUUGAUGGUGGAGAUUCCACAAAAGUACCCACUGUUCCUGUACCAUUGGGUAAUGGCCAAACAAUAAAUACCGAUUUCUCUGCCUUGGCUCAAUCCUCGACAGCCUUCAAUCCUCAGACAUCCGGAGCAUCAAGCACUUUUGGUCAAAGUCAAAAUUCGUAUAAUGCCGGAUUCAAUGCUGCUUCCCAGGGUGGUCUACUGUCUCAGACUUCCAAUGGUUUCAAACCUAAUGGUUUGGGUUCCUCAAAUGCUGGUAGCAGUUCUGGUUUCAAUUCCGGUUCCAACUUUGGUUCAGCUAGUACAGGUUUUGGUGCUGCUGGUAGCAAUGCUGGUUUUGGUUCAGGCUCUAGCUCUAGCUCCAGUUAUCACAGUCAAAAUCCCAAUUAUUAUAAAAAGGAGUUGCACAAUCUGGGUGGCAUUCAAGCCUCCUCUUCGAAUAAUUUCAAUAGCUUGACCUCAGGUUAUGACCAAUCGUCCUACAACAAUGCUGCUGGUGGCUAUGAUACCUCUCGCAACCAAUAUGUCGACUGUCAAUGUGUACCCUUCAAUCAAUGUCCCGCUGCCGAUCGUAUUGGCCGUAAAGAAGAUUUAAUUUUGGCCAUUGAUCCUCGUAAUUUGGGUAAGGAAAUUGAGGCAUUGAGCGAUGAAGCUGCCGCCAAUAUUACCACCAGUGCCAUGCCCGAGAAAAAGGAACAGGAAGAUGACAAGAAACAGGAUGAAGGUGAAAAGAAACGUAGUAAACGUGAAGCUGAUCAGGCCAAAGACAAAGAGGAUGAAGCUGCCGAUUUGCCUUUGGAUGCUGAAGGGCGUGCCUACUAUGGUAAUCGUCCCGUUGAAAAGACCUGUCGUGUCAAUGAAGUCUGCUGUCGUCGCCCCUUGCGCCCCGUCCCACCACCACAACAAUAUGGACGCUGUGGUACACGCAACGCUGCCGGCAUUACCGGACGCAUUAAGAAUCCCGUCUAUGUUGAUGGUGACAGUGAAUUCGGUGAAUAUCCUUGGCAUGUGGCCAUUUUGAAGAAGGAUCCCAAGGAAUCGAUUUAUGCCUGUGGUGCCACCCUCAUUGAUGCUCAACAUGUUAUUACCGCUGCCCAUUGUAUCAAGGCUCAAAACGGCUUUGAUUUAAGAGCCCGCCUGGGUGAAUGGGAUGUCAACCACGAUGUUGAGUUCUUCCCCUACAUUGAACGUGAUGUCGUCUCUGUACACAUUCAUCCUGAAUAUUAUGCCGGUACCUUGGACAAUGAUUUGGCCGUCUUGAAAUUGGAUAGUCCUGUUGAUUUCAGCAAAAAUCCUCACAUUAGCCCUGCCUGUCUGCCCGAUAAAUAUUCCGACUUCACUGGUGCCCGUUGCUGGACAACCGGUUGGGGCAAGGAUGCCUUUGGCGAACAUGGCAAAUAUCAAAACAUUCUCAAGGAGGUCGAUGUACCAAUUCUCUCCCAUCACCAAUGUGAAAGUCAGUUGCGUCAAACCCGCCUCGGCUAUAGCUACAAACUCAAUCCCGGUUUCUUGUGUGCCGGCGGUGAAGAGGGCAAGGAUGCCUGCAAGGGUGACGGUGGCGGUCCCUUGGUCUGUGAACGUCAAGGUGUUUGGCAAGUGGCCGGUGUUGUCUCCUGGGGUAUUGGCUGUGGUCAAGCAAAUGUUCCUGGUGUCUAUGUUAAGGUAUCUCACUACUUGGACUGGAUCCGCCAAAUCACUCAAUACUACAAAUGAUU